AUCAGAAAAAAGAUGGUUCUCCACGCUGUGAAGCACCUUUACGAUGAUUUGGACGUUUAUGCAGAUCCCCGAACACAAACAUGGGCGUUUGUCAAUUCCGCUGUUCCUUCCUUUGUUGCAAUCUUCUGUUACUUACUAUUUGUUUACAUUGGGCCGAACAUCAUGAAACACAAACAGGCCCUGGAAUUUAAAGGUCUUAUGAUGAUAUAUAACAUAGCAACCGCGCUGUUGAAUGUUCACAUAUUUGUUGAGAUCCUGAUAUCUACCACGGCACUGAGUUACAGUUAUUCGUGUCAAAAUUUAGUGUUUUCAGAUGACCCAAUGGAAUUAAGGCUGACAUCCGCUAUGUGGUAUUACUUUAUCUCCAAAAUCAUAGAGAUGGCAGACACGGUAUUUUUUGUUUUACGCAAGAAGGUUAAUCAGGUUUCAUUUCUUCAUGUGUACCAUCAUGCAACUAUGGUUAUUGUCACAUGGAUUGGAAUAAAGUGGUUUGGUGGUGGACAAUCAUUUUUCAGCUGUAUGGCGAACUCAUUUGUUCAUAUUAUCAUGUACGUAUAUUACGCUAUGUCAGCUGUACCGUUACUUAAAAAGUACCUUUGGUGGAAGAAGUAUUUGACACAAUUACAGUUGAUCCAAUUUGUUUGUAUCAUCGUGCAAACUCAGUACGCCAUUCAGACAAACUGUGUUUAUCCGACAUUCUUGCUGUGGGUGUUCUCAGCGUAUAUCUUCUCUUUUAUUCUACUUUUUUCAAAUUUUUACUUCAAGUCGUAUCAAGAAAGUCGCGCGGAUAUGAAUGGAAAGAAAAAGUAAAUAUAACAGUUACAUAAAACAUACGACAAUCACUGGAUAUUAACGGAAGUAAUUUUUCUUAAAUAUAAGAAACAAUAAUAGAAAUUAUUGGAAAAUUUUGAAAAUCUCACUUGACAAUUCAUAGGUCCUGAGAGCAUUCUGCAUGUGCGCCGUUAAUCAAACCUGGCUUUGUGAAGCGAUGGGUUCAAACAUGCACCCUCGUCAAAUAAAUAAUUGGGACCAGUUUAUACGAAAACAGC